GCUUCUGUUCAACCCGUACCAUAAAGGCGAUGGAACUUUCGGGUCCUGUUCCAGAAAGGCCGGAUGACUGUGUGUCUUCCGUUAUAUGAUUUGAAAAGGCUGGUUAUAAAGUUCAAUAAUUUCAGAUAAUCUACUCUCCUCUUGCAUAAAGAUUGACUGCAACGUUAUGGAGGACGAUUUAGUUUGCGAGUAUGAUUCCACUUGGGACACGGAAAGCGAUGGAGACGACUUAGGAGAGAACACAACGCGGCGUUCAAGCCAGGACAAAACUCAGAAAUCCUGGGGUUUUUGGUCAAAUACAUCUUCAAGAAACCUACGUGCUGCAAGAGACAUGCAAAACUAUAGGCAUGGAUAUCCAAAUAUAAAUGAAGAAGAGUGCCCAGAAGAGAGAAUGACCAAUUUAAAAUUUUAUCUGAAUGAAAUCACCUCUUCUCCUGAUGAGGUCUCAAUUGAGGCUUUUCAUAAAGAAUGGAAGACCGAUUAUAAAAGAUUAGAAAGAGUCCAUUCCUACAUCCAGUGGUUGUUUCCUCUGCGAGAACCAGGGGUGAACUACAUGGCCAGUGAACUUACAAAAAAGGAAAUCCAGGCAUUUCGUGAAAAUGAUGAGGCAAAACGAAGGCUGGUGGAAUCCUAUGAACUCAUGCUGGGCUUCUAUGGCAUUCAAUUGGUCAACAAAGAUACAGGAGAGGUCAAACGUGCUGAAAACUGGAGGGAGCGAUUUGCAAACCUUGAACGAAACAUGCACAAUAACCUACGUAUCACUCGUAUUCUGAAGAGCCUGGGGGAGCUGGGGUUUGAGCAUUAUCAGGCCCCGCUGGUCCGCUUCUUUUUGGAAGAGACACUGGUCCGCAAGAAUCUAAGCAGCGUUAAGCGAAGUGUGCUGGACUACUUCCUGUUUGCCGUGCGGGACAAGAGAGAGCGGAGAAAACUGAUAAAGUUUGCCUUUCAGAACUACGAACCCAAAGACAAGUUUGUGUGGUGUCCUAGAAAGAUCCAGAAGCGCCUCAGGAAGAAAUCUGAGAAGAAGGCGGAGGCAGCUGGCAACGGAGAGAGCGGAGUGCCAGAGGAAGGUCGUAUCAAGAACAAAGCUAAGGACAGCGAGACAGGAAGUGCUCCUAAGGAGAAAAAGUCCUCUGACGACAGCUCUGAAAUGCAAACAUUGACUGAAGUUGAAGCUUGCACAGACCCACAAAGGCCACUCCUGGAGACAUCGGUAGAUCCUGAGUCAGUAGGGUCCUCAGUUGAUCCUGAGGCUUUGGGUAAUGGUGAGACCGACCCCUCCUGCAUCACUGAAUCUGUCCUUGUGAAAUCUGAGGCAGAGGACCAACUCAAUGAUGGCAGUCAGACAGAGGAGAAUGCCCAAUGCCAACAGAAAUUAGCCAAUGGCAAGCAAUCUGAGGAAGCUGCGGUCUCUGAGAAACCAGCCAAGAAGAAACGGGAAGACGUGACUUUGAAGCCUUGCAGUGGCUCAGUUGAGGGGCUCCCCAAUGGCCAAGGUCAUGCUACAGAAGUUCCCACUGCUGACUGCCCAGAUCCCAUUGAUCAUAAGCAACACAACAGCCCAACAAGUGCUGGGAGUCUCACAACCACAGAAGGAAAUGGAAAUGUUUCAUCUACAGCUGGAGAAGAGCGAGCAGAGAAACAACCCAGGACUGACUACUGUGAGCCAUCCAUCACAGGUAAAAAUGCAGACAUGUUAGAAACUGCAGACGCGAGAGGGAAAGACGAAAACAAAAAUACAGAUGUGUCAAUACAGAGCCAUGGUGCUAUGAACUUGGAAAAUCAGAUGUCUGCUGGCGCUGGCACAAAUGGAAUUAAUUUAAAAAACAAUGAAGAGCCAAUGGACACUGAAUCCAACUGUAUAGAUACAGCUAUGGACCAGUCAUGAGUUUUCAGAAUUAGUGGAAGGCACCUCUAUGAAUUACUAUUUAGGGAAUGCAGAAAUCUGGGACUAUAAAUGAACGACUAUUUGAUUUCUUUCUAAGUCUUACUGAAAGAAACAUCUUAGUCUUUCUGAUAACACACAAUUUCCUGAAGCCCUUCCUUCCUGAAGCCCUUUCUUAGACAGUGUGUACCUUCUGUCAUUAAUUGAAAUUUAGUCCUGUGAAGUUAUAUGACGUAAUUUGUUGAGUUUUGUCUUCUGAAGAGAUUGUUGCACUUCUGGACAUUCUAGACCAGAGAUAGGCGAUGAGGGCCAUAUCCAUUCCUGGUUUUCAUGUCAACUUCUGGCCUUAAUUAUUUCACAAGCUCAAACUUUUUCACCAUCUGAUAUUUUGGCUACAUUUCUUGGUAAGUGCAUGAAUGACAGCUGAAGAUUUCUGGUGUCCCCAUAUAAAACAUUUUAAUGUGAUAUGAUUUAUGAGGGAACCAACAUUGAUGUAUACAGCCAGCUAGCUCAAUUGGUCUGGAUAAUUGAUGGAAACAAAAACCUGCAUACACACCUGCCCUCCCGGACUGGAAUUACCCACCCCUGUUCUAGACCAUGCUUGUGAUGAAUCUACAAACAGUAUUCUGUUUUUGUGUUUUUUUUGUUUGUUUGUUCUUUCAGAAGAAUUAUAAGAGCAACUGUGCUAAUGAGAUGCAUUUGUUUUGAGGAAAUAUAAAUUGCCUACCAUUUUUGCACAUGAUGUAAACUGGAUGUGUUUAUGUAAUACAAAAAUCUCAGUGGAGGCUAGUGAGCUUGAAGUGGAGGAGACUAAAAACAUACGUUUUUUUUGCCUUUUUUUCUGCCUCCCCAACAUGGAAUCGCCAAUUGUGCCUCCGGAGUCACUGCUGUACCAUUGGCACCCAUGCAAGGAGCACGGCAGCAUGUGUACUCCUCCAAUAUACUGACCUACAAACCAGUGACUACUUUCUACACAGUAGGCCACACAGUGCUAGAAGAGAGCCAGCACAGAUUGUUUACUGAUGACAGUUUGUUAGCCUGUGGGCACCUGACUAAUAGUCAGUGGGAGGAGCCAAUGUAUGAGUAACCCAAGGAACUCCAGCCGACCAACCCUGCAUUGCACUGGUGGGGUGCAAUUUUGUCUGGCUGCUGAAGACUCCUGGUCAUAGUUAGCUAAUCAUAUGGCUAUGGCUUGAAACUGCAAUGUCAUUAGGCAUAGAUCCUAGCCUGCACUUGUCAAGCACCUAUACUGGCUGAGCCACUCGGGGAGCUUCUGAACCUGUUUUGAUUGUUUUUAAUAAUCACUAGGCUAAGUUUUUAAUUAAAUAAGGAUUACCCAUAAAAUGGGUAUUUACCCAUUAAAUUACCUAUUUCCCAUUUUAUUUGAUUGCAUCUAAUGCAGUAUUUACAUACUUCACAAUGAUUCUUUUUUUUAAAUGUUUUAUAUUGGGUCAACUCUAUUAUUUUGAUAUCUUAUGAAUUUACUGCUAUUUUUAUUAAAAUUACAAUUUACAUGUGAAGGGCAUGAAUUAUUUCAAAGGUGAAGCCAUUACGUUAAAUGCAUUGAAGUGAAAAAGCGUUGCCUGUUUGGGUGAUCCUUAUUUAAAUAGGCAUGUUUUCUAAUGCAUAAACAAAAGACUUUUGAGGACUACUUUCAGUUUUUUAAAUAAUUUUUUAGUCUUCCUUAUUGAAUGCUUACUGGUCUCCUGAAUUACGUUGCAUUAUACAGUUUGUGCUUUUGACAGCAUUUUAAAUCCUCUAGUAACAAGCAAAUGAGGCUUUCGUCUACAUUAGAUGUUUUGAAUGCAGCUGUUUUGCACUGAAAUUAAAUGAAACUGGUGUAAGAGAAAGGACACCUGACAUGAACUCUGUGUCCCUGUGUUCAAAACCGAAGCACUGCACACCUUUGUCUUUGAACAGCACUAUGGAACCAUGAUUGUACGUAAUUAUUUCUACAAGGAAUGUUGCAUAAUUUUAAUUAUAUUUUGUUGACUAGCUGUGUAAAGCUCAGACUAUGGCCAAAUAAUAGAGACUGUUUGAUUGUACAAAGAAAAAACAGUGGUGUGGGUAAAAUAUAUUAAACUAAGAAACCUUUUUUGAGGUUGAAACCUCUUUGAUCAAUGAAAUUGUGAUUAUGUUUGAUAUAUAAUAUAGUUUGUAUUUUGGGGAGGGAAUUGGGGGAGAUGAGUGUGAUUAUGAUUUUUUUAUUUAUUGGUUUUCUAACCUUCAUUGUGUUCACCGGUAAUAUUUUCAGUUGACUGGAACCUUCAGCAUGUUUAUUAGUUUAAAAAUAUUCUUCUCCAAAUGUUAUUGCCCUUACAUUUAUUUAAAUAGAAAUCUCAGGAAGAUGACAGAUUAGCUUAAAGCCCAUGCUACUUUUUGAUGUUGUAUUUGAAUAUUUAUUUUCCCUUCACUGUACAGUACAUUAACCCCUCCCCCACUCAUUAAAUGGUCACUAGAAUUAGCACUUGAACAUUAUUUGCUACAGUCAAUUUUAGUGCAUUCUUUAACUAUUCGUUUUCAUGUUGUAUGUUAAACAAUAAAGAUUGUGACAGAAUUUUAA